AUGGCGACUCGCCGCAUCAUUGCCUCGGAGAAGACGAUCUUCGACAAGGAUGAAACUGUUGGUAAUAGCCCGCCGGCUGGCGAGCGUUCCGAUAUUUCCCCAGCAGUCCCGAGGGAUGUUAUCUUCAAGCUCCUUGGUUUCACACUGGCCAUGAUCGCGGCGCCGAUCGGGUCAUACUUUAUGACAGUCCAGCAUUUGUUUGCCGGUAACUCGACAUACGCCGGCGCAACGGCGGCAAUUGUGGCCAACGUGGUGCUGAUUGCGUACGUGAUUGUGGCCAUGAAUGAAGACCAGUCCGAGCAGGAAGAGAAGAAGAAGACUACAAAGAAGAAUAGAUGA